AUGGAGAAAUUCUUCUUGUUCUGCGCCUUCAUCGCCGCCGUGGCCGCUGAUGUCAGCCACCUGCCAUCCAGCCAGUACCUGCCCCCCAGCCGUGGAGUGGCCUCGGCUCCCGUGGCUUCCUACGCCGCUCCUGCCCCAAGCUACAGCGUAGAGGCCUCGGCUCCAGUUGCCUCCUACUCCGCUCCCGUUGAGUCCAGCUACUCCGCUGCUGCCUCUGCUCCAGCGGUGUCUUAUGCUGCUCCAGCUGUGUCCUACGCCGCUCCUGCCCAGAGCUACUCUGCUCCUGCUGCCACCUACACCGCUGCUGCCUCCGCCCCAGCUGUGUCCUACGCCGCUCCUGCCCAGAGCUACUCCGCUCCUGCUGCCACCUACACCGCUGCUGCUUCUGCCCCAGCUGUGUCCUACGCCGCUCCUGCCCAGAGCUACUCUGCUCCUGCUGCCACCUACACCGCUGCUGCUUCCGCCCCAGCUGUGUCCUACGCCGCUCCUGCCCAGACCUACACCGCUGCUGCUUCCGCCCCAGCUGUGUCCUACUCCGCUCCCGCUGAGUCUUACGAGACCGCUGCCUCUGAGCCCGCCCACACCUUCUCGGCCAACGAUGGAUACCGCUACAAGACCCAGAAGCGCGUCGUCCUCCGCCGUCAUCGUCGUGGUGUGCCCUCCAACGACUACCUGCCCCCCUUCCAGGGAGCCGCUUCUGCCCCAACCAGUGAGUACCUGCCCCCAGCAGCUUCCGCCCCCGCUCCAGUCUACCAGCCCGCCCCAGCUGCCUCUGCCCCAGCUGUGUCCUUUGCCGCACCUGCUGCCUCCUACGCCGAGCCCGCUGAGAGCUACGAGACCGCUGCUUCUGCUCCUGCCCACUCCUUCUCCUCCAACGAUGGAUACCGCUACAAGACCCACAAGCGUGUGGUGCUCCGCCGUCACCGUCGUGAUGUGAGCCACCUGCCCUCCAACGAUUACCUGCCCCCAGCAGCCUCUGCCCCCGAACCAGUGUACUCCGCCCCCGCUCAGAGCUACUCUGCUCCCGCUGCCACCUACACCGCUGCUGCCUCCGCCCCAGCUGUGUCCUACGCCGCUCCUGCCCAGAGCUACGCCGCUCCUGCCCAGAGCUACUCCGCUCCUGCUGCCACCUACUCCGCUGCUGCUUCUGCCCCAGCUGCCUCCUACGCUGCUCCCGCUCAGAGCUACUCCGCUCCCGAGUUCUACACCGGUGCCGCCUCCGCCCCAGCUGCCUCCUACUCCGCCCCAGCUGCUUCCUACUCCGCCCCCGCUGAGAGCUACGAGACCGCCGCCUCCGAGCCCGCCCACUCCUUCUCCGCCAACGAUGGAUACCGCUACAAGACCCAGCGUCGUCGCGUCCUCCGCCGUCACCGUUACUAG